AUGUUACUUGUACAGCAGCUUGCCGACAUCAAUAGAAAAAUCGAUGACGAAGAGGUGGCAGAAAUCUUGCUCUCGGGCUUGCCUAAGGAGUACGAUGCGCUCGUUUCCAACCUUGAAACCGCGUUUAUGACCGGCAGUCUAUCGAGUGAAAUUGUCAGAGCACAACUACUACAGGAAGAGCUCAGGAAAACCAGCACCACUAGUACUUUAGACAGUGCAGCAAACAACACAGCUUUUAUCUCAAAGAAGAAGACUGUCAUAUGUAAUCAUUGCAAGAAGCAAGGUCACACCCGGAAUAAAUGUUUUAAACUUAAACGGGAGCGGAAGAAGAAGAAAGAAGAUCAUUCUUUCAUGGCCUCCGCUUUCCUUGCAACGAACAACGAGUGGUUUGUGGACAGCGGCUGUUCAGCGGCUCUUUGA